GCUCUGUUUGCACACACUGAUAAAUGUAGAGAACUUCUUCCAGGAGGUCAGAGCCAGCGUUUGUCUGAACUAUUUUGCCGGCUGAAUUGAAGGCUUCAUUCACUACAGCUUUUGGAUAUUUUAGGCUGCGCACCAUCAGCCUGAUCUUUAUUAUCUACCGCAACAGAACUACCAAAGACCUUCCCUUGAGGCAUCCGAAACUCCUGGAAAACAGACUCCACUCCACUGUUGGCACACUGGCGGAUUUUCUUCAUGACCGUUGCUUCGCGUUGAGGAAGGAUUCACGUUAGAUGAUCUUGCAAAUAGAGGUUUGGUGAGACAGUAUUUCUUAUCAGUCCAGCGUCAAGGCAGCAAUGUCUGAAACCAAUGUUCAGGAAAAGUUCAAGGAAAAGAUCACUGCUGUUCGAACUGUGGUUCCAAACAGAAGUAAUAAUGAAAUUGUCCUGGUGCUUCAACAUUUUGACAAUAAUGUAGAUAAGGCAGUGCAGGCCUUUGUGGAUGGCAGUGCAGUGGAGGUUUUGAAAGAAUGGAACGUGCCAGGUAAAAAGAAGCACAAUAAGAAAAGAAAAAGGAAACUGAGACAGGCAAAUGGCCAAGUAAAAGAUGAAAAGACCCAAGGACUGGGAGAGAAUGCAGAUCUCCCCCUACCAAAAGGUGGACUGAAUGAGUACCAUGCCAACAGCUCAGCAAAUGAUGAUUCCUCGGCGGACUCUCUCAGUGAGAAGACGGAAAUUCUUUCCAACGACGAGAAAGCAGCAACCAGCCCAGUGUUACAUCAGUUAAUGGCCCCAGAGAAAACAGUUGGUCUCACUCAGGAAAAUGAGACCAUGCCAUUGGAGCUACUACCUCAGCCAGUUCAGGAUGCUCAAAAAUAUCAGACCAACAGAACAAUGAACAAGACGAAACCAAAAGCCUUGCCCAGUUCCCAUCCAACUGCUCCUGUGUCUUCAUCAGUGCCAGGUGACCUGACCUCAAGCAAGAAAAGAGCAGGUACAAGCAUUGAAAAAUCAGUGAAGGACUUGCAGCGAUGCACAGUCUCGUUGGCCAGAUACCAGCUCCUGAUCAAAGAGGAAAUGGAUGCUUCUGUGAAGAAGAUUAAAACCACCUUUGCCGAGUUGCAGGCCUGCAUCAUGGAUCGGGAGGUCGCACUGAUGACAGAAAUGGAUAAAGUCAAAAAGGAAGCCAUGGAGAUUCUAGAAGGAAGACAGAGGAGGGCUGAGGAACUAAAGAGGUUGACCGAUAUGGCCAUCCAGAUGUCAGAAUCCCAGCUUGCUGAACUCAGAGCUGAGAUUAAGCAAUUUGUAAGUGAACGUAAGUAUGAUGAGGAUCUGGGCAAGUCAGCACGAUUCACUGGUAAUGUCAGUAGCCUGCAGACCCAAAUCCAGCUGUUUGGAGAAGUUUCACAUCCAAAGAAUAACUACUCCACAAGAUCACAGUGCAGCUCCUUCUUGGUUCCACGACAUCAAAGUCCUCGAGGUGAUUCCAGUAACGCUCCUUCACCAUCAAGCUCACUGAGUGCAAUAGCAUCCACUGGUCAUAAAGUAAUGAAUUCCAAGGACAGUUCAAAUGUACAGAAGGUGCCUACAGACAGACAGAACAAUCAGCGUAAUGGCCCAUCGAAUCAAAGACGAGGCUUCUACCCUCGAGCACAUGGUCAAAGGCUGAGUGGAAGCAGUUUCCAAGGAAAAGCUGAAGAUGGUAGGGAUCGGAGCAGGAAAGGGCCUCCUCAGGAAGGUUAUAAAAGUCAGCAUCAGAACAGCAAGUCUGGGCAUCAGGGACAAACUCACGAUGCUGGCAAGCUGCUAAUAACAAAUUCAAAUGGUCCUGUUCCACCAACUAAAAUCAAUUCGCAAUCAAGACCCCCUGAACUAAAUACUCCUGUGUCUGCAGUUCUCAGCAAAAAGGUUUCUCAGUAUAGAUCAUGCCCUAUAAAACAAGAGAUAUCUGUUGAUGCCAAAGUAUUGUCCAUAUCUAAUAGAAUGACUGUAGUAGCCUAAUUUAAUUGAAUUCCAUUCUUUCUAGGAUUAAGUUCUUUUGUGAUUUACCUUCAUACAAUUCUGGUAAAUUUAAAUUGAAAAAAAAAUUAUUAUUUUUAAUUUUAUAUUUUCUUGUCUCAGAUAAAGGACCUUGUGAAAAUGAGCACAUUUUGCUGAAAUUGGCUAUAUAUUGCAUUUGUAAAGGAAACUGUUUUUAAAGUUGCUGGAAAUGACAAUGUUAGAGCAUGAAGGUAAACUGUAAUCAUUUUGCUGAGAAAAGAAAUGAUCACAUACGUGGCGUUUAUUUUGGCUGAGUCAUGGCAGGGUUUUGUGGGGUUGGGCAGUAGGGUAAGAUGUGUUGUUGUGUGGUAGAGCCAAAAGGCUGUAUAUUAAUAAAUAAACUCAUAAAUGGAGAGUCUUAUGCUCAACCUGUUCUUAAAGGAUAUCUGUGCAAUGUUAUCUUUUUGAAAAUUAUGCCAUUUGUGAAAUGACUAAUAAAGUUUUUAAGCAUCUCCUUUUGCUGAAAGUGCCCCUUUAACAAAAUAAUCAUUCACCAGAUUUAUUAUUAAUAAUACUUAAAUAC